AGUUGGCGCCAACUAACAACUCUGUCACCUUCAUUAAAUAUCCCUUUCGGUCCAAAAAAGCUUCCACACACUACCUCACAGCAACUCUUUUUCCUCUUUCUCUUCUUCCUUUCUCUCUCUUCAGUUCGCAAUUGUAAUGCACUAAUGAGAAAACGUUUCAGCUGCAAGCCUAGUUUGUCUUUUUUUUUUUUUUCUUUUUGCAAUUUCAUUAGCAUUUCUUCUGAGCGUGUGAUUCUGUUGCAGCAAUGGCGUUUGAGCACUCAACCGCCGCACCGCUCAACUCCGCCAUGACCUACGACGAGGCCUCAUGGAGCGCAGCAAGACACCUUCAAUGGAGUUUGGGUGCGGCGCGCUCAACUCUGCCAUGACCCACGACGAGGCCUCCAUGAUGCGCAGCAAGAGCUUCGUCGACGCCUUGCAGGAAAAUAUAAAAGAAGAGAUGCCAACUUGUCGGCAGUUAUUCAACAUUUUUGACCCCUAUGAUCCAGUAGCAUACAGUGCUAUCAUUCUACAUAAUAAAAAUUCUAGGUUUCACAUUGAUGCUCAUCUCGAUCUUUUAAGUCCAACUGGUCAGAAUUUGUUUGGCAUUCUAAGAGUUUUGUGGAAAUACAUUCAACCCAGCAUGAGGAUUGUUCUGAAUCCAUUGGUGGUACACUUUUUUUAUUUGAUAGAAAGGCUUUGAGGUACUUUAGAAAGUAUGGAUAUAAUUGGAGAAAGAAAAGAAUGGAAAGAUUGUGAAAGAAGCUCAUGAAAAGUUGAAGUUAAUUUCUCUCCAGCCAUAGUGGUGUCUAGUGCAAAGUGGCCCCUGCCCACUAUGUGAGUUAUUGUAGCAGGAUAAUUUGGUACAGUGGCAGCAGUUGUAGACCUAAUAGCAGGCUGAACGGUGGCCUUAUCAGGAACUAUAUAUCACUGUUGAUUCCAUAAUCCAUCUGAAUAGAGAAAUUAAGGCUAUUUAUGUUAUUUAAUUUCUGUGGAGGGAGGGGAUCCUAUUCCCCAAGGGUCGUGAGGUGUAUGUAUAUAUGUUGGGUUUAUGGGUUGGAUUCGAGCCAGUGGCCUGUGGCCAAUUGCUUGAAUGGGAAAGUGUUUGUGUUUGACCUAGUAUUACGAGUCAAAAGUUGCCUUUUUUUUAAAGAUCUCAA